GCACCGAACCCGCUACGAACACUGCAGUGCAAACAGGCGGUAUUGAAGCAUAUAACUCUAUCACAAGUGGACAUCACCGUAUAUUACAGCAACUUCAUGCGAGGCAGAUUGUAAGGUGGAGAUAUUAUUUCAUAUUUCUGUACAGGACCAUGGAGUUCGGACAGGGAGCAUCGGUGGUGGUGGUAUAUUCCUGAUUGACGCAUUUGGUGCGAGUGUAUGCAAGGGAGGUAGAAAGAGGAGAGAUUUGGAGCAGACGGCGUGCGUGUACUGCAUGCAUGGAUCGUUAUUAUCCCGGCCCCUAUAUAAAGCCGCCUUCAUCGAGGGUAUAGUGUAUUCAUUCAGCUGCAAGCUGGCCCGCCGAUGUGAAGCCAUCAGCUAACACCUCACACAAUAGCUAAUGUUGCUUUUCUUUAGAGUUGGAAUAUUAUCUGAAGGUGAAACUACAUAUAUUUUCACAUCGUUACUGUACAUCAACGCGACAUUAACAUCGUGUAUGUGAUAUGACUAUGAUGGAACCGAAUGCAUAUAGCUUUGCAUCUGUUCUCCAAUCGUUCAACUCAAUCGCGGGAAAAUAACAGGUAUGUCGUCAUGGGUGAAUUGCAAGCAUUUAUUUUCAUCCGUUGAGUGAUUUUGUGCUCGAAUUGUCCAAGGAUGGUUGUAGCAAGCCUGGUGAAUAUAUCAAGAUAAUAAUUUCAUAGAGUUACCUUUCUUACCUUUUCCAGAAAGGAUUAUGCUUGACAAUAUGCUUUAUCUCUUUUAUCACGGCAUAAUGAUGAUUGGACAAUAAUGAUAUUGAAUAUUAAGAUGGUUAUUUGUACCAUCUCCUCAGCUAUCAAUACCAUAGGCAAAAAAUUAUGUGAUUGAAUUCAUUCCAGUCCAUAUGGCUAUAUAAACGACUAAAUGAUGGCUAACACACUGCAACUAUAUCGCACCCUGCCUCUAAAUGACGGCGAAAAUACCCAACUUUUCACUUUUAAGUUGGGUCUAAUGAACCUCGAUGAGUUUAAAUCUCGCUCCGUCCGUUCCACCAUUAUUAAUUACCAAGGACAAGAUUGGUAUCUUAGUUGCAAGUAUGCAGAGGGGAAGAGACUUGAAUUUCUUGGAGUGUACAUCUACUGGGGAAGUCCCUCCGAAGGGGUACGAUGUCGAGCCGACUUCCGUAUCAUCACCCGCAACAUCCUCGAUCCUACCAAAAGCUUGGUGACAGAAGGAAGCCAGGUUGAAUUCAGUGCUCCCCAGUCACCUGGCUGGGGUAAGCGAGAGUUUGCAUCUCUCAGAGAACUCUUCACACCGGGACAAGGAUUCUUAUUAGAACCGGAGAAGAUCGUCAUCAUCGAACUUGCCAUGAAAUCUUGUUCAUCGUUGUUCGAGCAGUCGGUUGAUUUCACUCAGUUGCUGAGUCAUAGAGAGCAACCAUACCCUUCCUUCUUUACUGCCAACUUUCCGUUAGCAGGAAUGGAGUUCUACGUCUCGCUCUAUCCCCUUGGAGACCGUGAAGAAGCCGAUGGACAUGUCUCCAUGUACCUUCACCGUUUCCUUGGUAACGAAGGUGACACAUCAAUCAUUGGAUGUCGUAUCCGGUAUCGCUUCUUUUUAGGACACAGUCGCACAUGUCCUCACAGCUCUAAGACAUUCGAGUUCUCUUUCAAGAAUGAGCAAGGUUAUGGUCGUUUCAAGGCCUUCGAACCGUUGGAUGGGAGUGACAAUCUCCUGUAUCGUGGUGCUGUUCCUUUGGGUGUAGAGGUUGUCUCGAUUACACCUUUCGCUCAGCCGGAGGUCAGACUCACAACAAGAGGGUAUUAUCACACCGACAAUUUCGUGUUCGAAGACGCUGUCUUUCCUGACCAUCGAGGAAACCAAUGGCGACUCUCUGCAGCUGCUAAUGCCUCCCAGUUCCUCUCGCUCAGACUCAACGCUGAAGACAAGAAUAGAUUAUUCUGCGCUCCAGGAUUGAAUUCCAACCAGUCGAGACUGACCAAGAGAGAAGAAUGCACCAAGUUCAUCCAGUGGAGGGCAUUUGUCUUGUCAAGAACUGAUCGUAAGAAGACACUUGCAGUCAACGGUUGUCCACUUUCGGGCUAUUACUCGCGAGGUCUGAUGCAGACUAACUACAGCAUGUCUACACAGAUUCCACUUCUGAAGGCCAAGGCAUUGGACGGUGACUACUGUACGAAGGAAGAGCCAUCUUUAUUGGUUAGGAUCGAGUUUCUAAACGUGCAGGACGUCGCUUGUGUGAUGACAGACUACCCUACUCUUGAUUUCGAGAGGUUUCAGCUUUACCACACCAGGGAGGGACUAAAGCGAUGUCUGAAGCAAAAUGAUGUACUCGUAAAAGAGAUCGAGAGCUUACAAGGUCGUCUCAACAGUGCCAUGAAGGAGAAUAAAGACUCUCGUGAUCUUGUACAAGACUUCCAGAGACUGAUCAAGCACCCUAUCCCACCGCUGUCGCCCACUCCCGACAGUGGUCGCAAUACUCAAUUGAUGAACUGGCUUCUACAACAAGAUUCAAUACCCAGCAAGAAUGAGAAUCCAAGUGAUCCAACCAAGCAGUUGAUAGCUCCAUCUGCUCGACCAGCUUCAAUUUCCUCUUCGCCAACACUACCAGUUCAGCCUCCGGUCCCUAGACCCCGUGGUGUUAGAGGACCACCCCCUCGUCCUCCACCCAGGGCCUAUUCACCGGUGGCUACAGACUUGGUCAGUACACGACAGUUCACCUACACACCUACGAAUACACCAUCGCAAGCUAUUUCACUCGCCUCACCACCCCCUGUCGCUAAUUCAACAGGACUGGGAAUGGCAAGUGAUCAACAAAGAUUGGCAGUUCUCAACUCCAAUGACACUGCUUUUAAGAGGUUCUCCUUCACGGGGAUCAAUGUUACUCCGGCCAUGAUAUCAAAUCAGGCCGCAGAGACUGUCAGAAACGUGGAUGUUCCUGCUCAAAGCUCGUCCAUGAGAAAGGAUCCAGUAUCACCGCAACGAUCAACACUUCUCCAAGAGAAACCCUCUUCCACGAGUUCUUCCUCAUCGGUGGUUAUGUCCAAGAUCGGAAAUGGUGGUUCAUCUAGAGGCUUUGCUCUUGCGAGGAUGACACGACCAAAUGUGAGCCAAUCACAACUAAAUGCGAACCACGCUGCACCACAGCAAUCACAACAUUCUCCAAUAGACCAACCCGUCAAGUGGCCCACUGGUAUGGCCCCUCCAACAUCAUCCCGAUCAACAGGAGAGCUGGAAGGAAAACCUUCAAGCCCUAGCCACCAAGCAUCGCAGCAUCUCUCGAACGGAGAUAUUGGGUCAAACUCGGAACUGCCAGGUGGCUUUCAGACUCAUCUUCAGCAGUCAUUUAGCAAUCCUAACAUCAGUACACAUUCAGAGACCAAUGGCCAACCAUUGGUCGGUCUCACAAAUGCGUCUCUGAAGGAUUCUCAGGUCACUUCCGGCAAGCCUUCUGCCAUGAUCUCAAACGCCCCACAACGACCUUUAUCUGCAAGUAUGUCAAGAGAAUUUGAGUACUCUCCAGUUCCCCCGUCUGUUGCCAACAGGCGCUCACCAGUACCCGAGCAACAAGUACACUAUCCUCCUGGCCCACAAGAAACAAGUACUGGUUUGUAUCAGCCUGUCGUCACAAGAGACCAAACAUCCAAGUCAAAUUCAAGUAACCCAGAAGCACCAAGAUAUGUAAAGUCUACACCGUCUACCCCGAACAAGUCUAGUCGUAAGCCAGUAGUAACCACAUCCAAGUCUACUCCUAACUCUCCUACUAAGCAUCCUCCUGGUCAUGUCCAACAUACAGGGUAUGAUCAACAGCCGACAGGAAACGUCCAGUUACAACGGACACAGCACCAUCAACCAACUCCGUCAGAGUCACACCCAGACCAUGAGACCCGGAUAGGUCUUCCACAGUUUGUAGUCAACCAUCAGGUCCCUACGGAUCGCUUGGUAAACAACGUAAACCCUGGACAACCUUAUGCGUCAGUACAGUCGGGGACUGCAAGCGAGGCGAUGGUGAACUCACAGAGGAGUAGUUUCCCAGGAAUCGAAUCGUUAAGUAAUGGCAUUGAGCAAGUUGAUGGGAGGCAGCAAAGACCACAUAGUGUUGUUGACGAGAUGAUGCAAAUCAACACUGACCCAGUGGUAAACUCAAACGAACAUUGGUCUUUGCCUAGCAUAGAACAACGUCGACGCAUGGGAGUUAUUGAAACGAGUCUGUAGGUUUAGCGUAGAACAAUAUCAGAUGACAAGACUAGGCUAGUUAUCACACAAAAGUCAUUGGUAUACGAUUGCAGAUGUUCACAUUGUGCAGUGUGCUGUGAGCAUAGAGUUGUUUAUAAUUUUGCAGGUUCACCAUCAAUAAUUGAUUUGAUUUUGGCACGACAAUCUAUUUUGUAAUAUUUACAUGUCUUUCAAUUUUGAUUGAUUAUUCGAAAUGCCUCAGUCCACGACGCUGGUUCCACGGAGACACUUUUAUUUCAUUGCUAGAUGUUCUACCUAAUGUUCUUUUCUGUCAUCGCGAUAAUUAAACUUGGUAUACGAUGUGUAGUUACUAAGUACCGAUAGUUGUAUGUUUGGCCAUUAAGUACAAAAGUCACAGAAGUUAAUAACAUGAAAAUCAUGGCAACAGCUCACAAGAACGACAGUCAACGAGACCGACAACGUCGAUCUCGCCUGUCUUCUGAUAAAGUAUUUUGAUGCUUCGUGAGACCGAUAUUGGCGAUCUCGUAGGCUGCCAGCCUCUGUAAUGUCACGGUAACUCAUGAGUUUCUAUCCCGGUGUACGCUGAACAUUAUAUUGUGUACUAUGACUGCUUUUAAAAUCAACAGUAAGGAAUUAUUGUUUAUGCCCCAAAAAAAAAAAUUGGCGAUAUUCUAGAAUCAGCAGGUUAAGGCUGAAUAAUUAUAGAAAAGUUUCGCGAUAUAUAGAAAGAAUUGCAGUUGUAUUGGUGUAUAUAUCUUUCACGAUAUUGAUUUCUUGGUUAAUAACUUUUUCAUGAACUUCUUGAAAUAUUUUAAAUACUAAAAUAAAUGUAUAGACCAAAGUUUGUAUCAUGAAGGAGCCUUAGGACGUGAACACACAUAAUAGUUGUUACCUAAUUAUAGCCUCACUGAAAUACUGAAACAGGAUAUUUUACAAUCAACAUUUUUCACGUUUUCGCGAUAAGAUAAUGGAGGGGGUUGAUUGUAUAAAAUGAUCCGUUGUUUCAUUCAAAAAGGUUUUUUUUCCCAGUACAUAAUGACACAAUCAUGAUUGUAUUACCAAAUACCUCGUGUCUCAAUUUUGCGAAAUCUAUCAUAAAUUCUCAAUGAACAUAACUUGCUUACUUUGAUGUAAGCAUACAAUUAUAUAUAUGAAUUAUGUAUAUAUGUGAUUGCUAAAUUUGCCAUUAUGGUAUUCAAUUAAGAUAUUUCAAAUUGAUGUAAGUGUAUAUAUUAAGUGCAUUUGUAUAUUAUGUUUGAUAGAAUAUUUAUCUUUUGAAUGUUUUCUACCGUUUUUAUUUGUUCUUUCUGCUAGGUUUUUGUAGUCGAUAUAUGCAUGUCUAGAUGAUUGAUAAUUUAUAUCUUAACAAUUGAUCUUGCUUUCUUUGCGUCAAAGUACUUAAAAUCAAAAUGAUACAAUCCUAGGUUACGAGAUUGCACCUAACUUGCCGAAAACCAUGCCUAAAUAUUUAGAAAUAUUUCCGAAAACGUUUGACGUUGUAGUGACGUGUAUUUUAUAGAAGCUGACGAUCAAUAUACCAAGUGAAAACAAUGUCUAAAUGUGUUAUUCUUCCUUAGUUCCUUAUGCAAGGUUUAGUGUUGUAUUGAAAUUAUUAUAUGAAGAGAUGUGCCUUCUUUAUUGGGACCAUGCAGUUGUUUUCAAACACUAUAUGGUUGACGAAUGAAAUGAUUAAAAAAAGUGCCAUUUGUGAGUUUCAUCCUACGGUGAUAAAAUGGUGCAUUGUGAAUUUAUAUUUCACAAUAUUUGAUAUUUGAUUUUUACAAUUUGAUAUGAUUGUAAUUAUUGAUAAAUUUUGUGCAGCUUUUAUAAAAAUGGAUUAUCUCUCUGGUUAUUAGAAUUCUCAAUAAAUUUUCUCUACAAGCAUCCGAGAUUGCACGAGGUAUUAAUAAAAAUAAUGCAUGGAUAAAAUCUCCAACGCGUACCUCAACAUUCUAAAUGAGUGAGUAUUUCAAAGAAAUUCUUUGUAUUUGGAAAGAUGAAUUGACAAGAUGUUCAUGGAACAAACCUGAGUAUAGCUUUGAAAUAUACAAUAAAUGUAUUUGUAGUUGAGAGGUCAUAUAAUAUUGUCCGAAGUCUCCCGACUGCGUCACUAUGUGUGCGGUUAGAAGUAACUUUAAACCAAGUGUAUGGGACUUCGUUCAUGGUUAUCCCAUUAAUGAAACUAUUUGAAAUAUGUACUUGGGGUGCCUCACUCGUCUCACAAGACCUCUAGCUUAAUAGCUUAAGCAAAUGGUUGUCUCAAUUAUCGGAUGCCUAUCUCACUCUCAAGUCCAUACAGCAUGACGUGGUCAGCUGUAUGAUAUGCAAGACGAUUGGAUGUAUCAUGUUUGGUAUACCUUCUUAAUAAAAGGACAAUUUCAUGCCCAUGAGUAUACGACACUACCAUCUUA